AUGACUGGUGUUGGUCGAGCUCUGAAGUUAAAGAAGUUGACGCCGUGUUUUAUUGGUCAGUUUCAGAUUAUGGAAAAAGUAGGAGAGGUGGCCUAUCAUAUUGCUUUACCACCGACGCUUGCGAAUUUCCACGACGUGUUUCAUGUGUCUCAGGUGAGGAGAUACAUUGCAGAUCCUUCUCAUGUAAUCCAAGUAGACGCUGCGCAGGUGAGAGACAAAUUGACGGUUGAGACAUUUCCUAUGAGGAUUGAGGAUCGAGAGUUGAAGCAAUUGCAAGGUAAAGAGAUAGAAUUGGUCAUGGUAACUUGGGGAGGGCCAACAAGUAGUAAUAUUACCUGGAGCUGGAGAGUCAGAUGA